AUGGGAGCCGUUCUUACCAGAUUGCUGGAAGUCUUCUGGACUAAAAAGCUGGAUAUUGUGGUGAUCGGACUAGAGAACAGUGGAAAGACCACUCUCUUGUCUGUUUUGGCACAUGGGGCACCCGUCGAAACCGUUCCAACCAUUGGAUUGAACGUUAAGGUGUUUAAGAAAGGAAGUGUCAAUAUGAAAUGUUGGGAUAUAGGUGGACAAGAGCAAUAUCGAAGUGAAUGGAGUCGAUAUACAAAGGGGAGUGACGUAGUUUUAUACGUUGUAGAUGCAGCUGCUCCUCAAAAGCUCAGCACGGCAAAGAAGGAAUUGCACAAGCUUCUAGACGACGGCAGCAUUGGGUCUACUCCAAUGUUGAUUUUGGCAAACAAGAUCGAUAUCACUCCUCAUGUGGGAGAGGCUGAAUUAAUUGACAAGCUGCAACUCAAUUACGUCAUGGAAACACCGUGGAUGGUGCUUCCAAUAAGCGCAUUGCGAUGUACAAACAUAGACCAAGUAGUGGAAUGGUUGACAGCUCAAGGAAAGUAG